AUGCUCAUAUCACCUCGGAUGCAUCUUAGCUUGAUGAUCUUACUGAUUACAACGGCUCCGAUCGUGUCACAGUGGCACAAGGACAACGGCAACAUAAUCGCAACCGGCGUGCGUGAUAGUGGCCUAUACCGUUUGGAUUUGGUGGUCAAGGCUCCUUCCACUUGCCGCAUCUGUGAGUCGAGUGACUUGGUCCAGCCAUCCGCUGUUCCACCACUUAACCCUCCUGUUACGAACCCCGCUGAUGAUCUUCCUCACGAACAGCCUGCUGAUGCGCAACUCGGUCUCCAAUCAGAUACCGUGCCACGAGCUCCUCCUGCUGCGCCACGCGCACCUCCUGUUGCCAUGCAUCCGAUGCAAACUCGAGCAAAGUCAGGUAUCUGUAAACCUCGAUAUCCUGCCACCAUUAACUGUGCAUCUCUUCUCACUGCUCUUAAGGCUAUUUCGGAGCCACGUGGCAUCACGACUGCUCUUAAAUCUCCUGAAUGGGUACGUGCUAUGCUUGGGGAAUUAUCUGCUUUAAAGGCGAAUAAUACUUGGUCUCUCGUGUCGCGCCCUUCCUCCACCAACAUAGUCAAUUCGAGGUAG